AAGGAAUAUUAUUGUUAUUAUUACGAAUUCACCGUUCCUGUGACUGUGAAGUCAGUGUGGAUUCUCUUGUAAUUACAGAGCACAAGUAUUUUCUUGCUAACCCCAACUGUGGUCUGCUCGUAUUCAUGAAUUACCUGAAGGACCAGUUGGGAAUCAAACCUCCAGACACAGUCGACCUGUGCAACGAGUGGGGAAACCUCAAACUGCUUUUCCUCCUCAAAGAUCAGUAUGAAAACAUCGGCAAUAUUUUUGAACUAAGAGAAAAUUGUUACGCCUGCAGGAUCCAACGGAUCCCACCAGAGAUGGCCUACAAAGCCUUCAUACCCCUUAUUGAUGAUGCAGCAGACAACAUGCUGGAGAACCUGCAGCAACAGUGCGAGGAACUCGAGCACAUCCGUCAAGAGGAGGUCCUGGGGGAGGAACGGAAACAGCUGCUGGAGGCCACCAUCUCCUCUACACAAACGAAGAUGAUAAGAAACUCCUCAAAGACACAGCAAGCAUCUCCACAACCAGAGGAGGAUCCUGCACUCCGCAAGGCAAUAAUCAUCAAGUCCAAAAUGGACGUGGGGAAACGGAGCAACAAAUAGGAACCUCUCUGCGUUCAGAAAGCACUCAGGAAAUUUCACCAAAGCAUUGCGUUACCUCACCAAUGAGGCAGCGGGGUGGAGGGGCGAAGUCAAGGGGUGAGGGGAGAAGGGGAAUAAAAAAUGUUUGACAACGGAGGCAGAUUGCUCAUUGCCCCUACAUAAAGAAAUAUAAACCUUGCAUUGAAACAUUAACGU